AUGUAUUUUGGGUGUUACCGUAUUAUAUGGGGUUUAGGACUGUCAUGGAUUGCAUAUUAUUGUGCUAUUUAUAGAAACAUGACCAGUGGUCAUGUAUUUCGUACGGGUGAAUGUCCUACAGUUGACUCAAUGGCCGACUUUAGUAUUGACCAGUUUCUGGGGGAAUGGUAUGUCAUACAAAAGUUUCGAUCGGCCAGCGAUUGUGUUCGCGAAAACUUUACCAAAAUAGAGGACAGGUAUUGUGUGAGUCGGAUAUCCAAUCUGUUGGGAUCACCAGUUAUAUCCACUGUUAAUGGUGUCAUAGAGUUUCCUAAAAACGGUUCGCAAUCGGAAAUGUCAAUCAACUAUCCACUGUCCGACACAGGUAUCAUAAAUAUCAAACACUAUGCCGUAUUGGCCACCGAUUACGACAGCUAUGCACUGGUCUGGAACUGUCAGCCAAUGAUUGUCGGCCACCGACAGUCGGCACAGAUUAUGUCCAGACGGCCAACACUUGAUAGAAAAGUUAUUGCCGAACUCCGGGAACUACUGGCCAACUAUGAUAUCAACCAACACUAUCUGACUAUUGUACGACAGACUAACUGUCCGAAUAUUGUUGAUAAUACAACACUGGAUAAACCGGUAAUCGUUUUAGACGAUGAUGUCAACUGUAAUAAGGAUAAACCAGUAAACAGUCGGCCAGUGAAUAAUAAUCAUCGAUCGGGUAUAUCAUUACGUAUCGGUCCAUUUCAUUUUAGUGCAAUACUACCGUUUUUCAAAUAA